AUGCUGACGCAGCCCUUGUGGUGCAGGGCCCAUCCUCCGCUAUCACGGCCGGCCUGUGCCUUUGGGAGACGAUCCGGCAUUGUUCUUCUCCCCAGGGCUUUUCAGCUGCGAGUCUCGUCCUCGUCCUCACUCUCGCGUCUGCGCCAUAAGAACCCUAGUGUCUCCUCUCAUUCUUCGGUUGUCUCCUCCUCCAAUGCUUUGCUCUGUCCCGUCACUCGUCCGACUCUAGUCCCUUCCAUCGCCGCAGCCACCUCCGCUACCUCCGUCACCCUACCUCCAAUGACCACCCAAUCCAGAGACCACGGUGGCCACCAUGGCCACCACCACCAUCAUCACCAUCACGGAAACGUUUACCUUACUUCUACCGAUAAACAUGAUGCCGGUGUGCGAAUUACGCGACUUGGCCUGCUCGCUAACCUCGCCAUGGCCAUCGGGAAGUUCAUCGGCGGCUACGUGUUCCAUUCCCAAGCCCUCAUCGCCGACGCCUACCACGCCCUUACCGAUCUAGUUUCCGAUUUCCUGACAUUAGGCACGGUCGCCUGGUCGCUCAAGCCGCCGAGCGAGCGAUUUCCUAAUGGUUACGGCAAGAUCGAAAGCAUCGGAGCAUUAGGGGUUAGCGGGUUGUUGCUCUGCGGAGGUGUGUUCAUGGGCCUCAAUUCCGGCCAAGUUCUGCUGGACCAGUUCUAUCCCCAGGCCGCGGAAGCGAUCGCGCAUGUAGGCGCCCUGGGACAUGGUCACUCGCAUAGCCAUGGCGUUGAGGCAAUGGGCCCGAGCAUUCAUGCCGCAUGGCUUGCUGCGGGGUCCAUCGUGGUGAAGGAGUGGUUAUAUCAUGCUACCAUGAAAGUCGCGACGGAACGCAAGUCGUCAGUACUAGCCUCCAACGCCAUCCACCACCGUAUCGACUCCCUGACCAGUAUUGUCGCUCUCUUUACAAUUGGCGGAACCUAUCUCUUCCAGGACGCAUCCUGGCUGGACCCUGUGGGUGGACUGUUGAUUUCGCUGAUGGUCAUCAAGGCCGGAUGGGGAAACACCAAGACCUCGUUGUUGGAGCUCGCCGAUACGAACGUUGACGACGACAUCAAGGAAUCGGUACAGAAAGCCGCGGCUAAGAUGCUGGCGAAACUGGAAGGUGGCGAUGCCAUCAAGGUCCGUGAUGUGCAGGGCAUGAAGUCGGGACAAAAUUAUCUGAUGGAUGUCGAAAUCGCUGUGCCGGGCGCGUGGUCUGUCAGCCGGACCCGGCAGGUCGAGGAGUCCAUUCGCACUGCGGUCGGAGAAGGCGUGCGUGGAGUCAAGCGUCUCAAGGUUCGGUUUAUCCCCUUGGAGCACGAGGAGUUGACUUUCACGGAGGAGUUCAUCCCUGCGGAUGUCACUUCCCGUGCGCGUCCUGAGCCGGAGGAUGGCGAAGAGGAUGAGCAUGACCAUGACCAUGACCAUGAACAUGAACCCCGCAAAACCCACUGA